UAGUAGAGGGAUUAGUAAGAACCAAGCAGAGUAUAAUAAAACAAUUUUCAUUGUUCUGUGUCAAAAUAAAAAGAAUUUCUAGUUUGAAAUCAUGAAAUUAGUUACAUUUAUCUCUUUUACGAUUCUGACCUGCUGUACCUCAGAAAAGCUGAUAGAUUAUCGUAUACCUCUCGCAAGCAGUUGUACACCAAGGGAGUGCAUUAGCCCUGGACCUCUCUGCGAAACGUGUUCCAGUUUGGUAGCAUGUGUUGAACUAGCGAAUGGUACUUACGGGAAACACCAAUUGGCAACUUGUAACUCACCAACGCAUUGUGUCCAUGAGGUGUGUACUAGUGACUAUGAUCCUUUCUGUGCUGGUGCUACCGAGCUGUCAUUUCCAUGCAACCAGGUUGGAAGUUUCCCCGAUCCUUUUUAUCAUAACAGAUUCGUUCUUUGUGUUGACGAUGAUUCAGAUUUAAAAGCUUACUCAAAUGUGUGCGAAGACGGAUUUAGCUUUAAUCUAGCCAAUGAUUUAUGUAGCGAGGUUAUGGCACAUGCGGAAUGUCCACAAGAACCAUAUCCAGUACCGAUAUGUCACAUUCUAGGACAAUCUGGAGCUUUGGAACAGAAGCCUGCCAUGUAUUAUAUAUGUAAGGAACGAACCUAUGACUCAAAUAAGAGUGCGCUUUAUCCUUACUUAUACUUAUGUCCUGGAGGACAAGAAUAUAAGGAUUUUAUGUGUACGUCUUACAAUCUCCAAGAAAAAAGUUAAACUGAAAAUGAAGAAUUUUAUUUUUGUUAUUGUUCAGUUUUCUAAUAAUAUGUUUGUACAAUAUAAUAUUAUUAACGUGUUCA